GAAAAUUUUAUCUUACAAGGAGAAAAUGGUGUAUUUUACGAAAACAAAUUUAAUUAAAGCGAAAUUGUAAAUAUUCUUUAUAUUUAUUACGCACUUAUUAAAAAGUGGAUGUGCAUAUUGACUUGGCGUGUGUUGUGACGAGAAUCGAGCGUGAAAAGAAAAGUGACUUCAAUUUCUGGUUCUGACUGUGUGUGAAUCUUGUGAGAGAGCGAGCGUAUAAAGGAUAUAUACAUACAACAUAAAAUAUUACGUGUGUGAGCUGUUAAAGAAAACAUACAUACAUUUAUUGAAGGCAUUACAUCUGUAGUGUUACAACUAACCCCUUAUUAAUAGUAGUUUGGAUAAAAAGCCAAAAUGGAUUUCGUUCAAGUAUCCGAGGAGGAGGGUGAUGAACCCAUUGAACUUCCUGCAGAAGAAGAUGGAACGUUGCUGCUGUCAACCCUACAAGCCCAGUUUCCUGGCUCGUGCGGACUUAAAUAUAGGAAUAUCGAUACCCAAGCCGUGCGUGGUGUUCGCUCAAACGAGGGCAGACUGUUUCCACCAAGCGUCGAGUCGGGUUGGGGAGAAGAUAUCUACUUUUGUGUGUUUCCAAAAGGUAUACCAAAUAACAGAAGCUCUCCGGCACAGAUCGACAGUCCUUAUCGCCCCAUAUUGCCUCCCAUAGAGAACAAACGUAAGAGCGAUGAUAACUUGGAGAAUUCAACGGCCAAAACGAAACGUAUUGAAACACGAUUACGAUGCACGGAUUUGAUUGUCCUAGGACUCGCAUGGAAAACUACAGAAGACAGUUUACGGGAAUACUUUGAGAGUUACGGCGAAGUGCUUAUGGCGCAGAUUAAGAAAGAUGUCAAGUCCGGUCAGUCGAAGGGAUUUGGAUUCGUACGCUUUGGUUCAUAUGAAGCACAAAUGCGUGUACUCUCCAAUCGGCAUCUCAUCGAUGGCCGAUGGUGUGAAGUCAAAGUGCCAAAUUCAAAGGGUAUGGGCCAUCAAGUGCCAUGUAAGGUAUUUGUUGGUCGUUGCACAGAGGACAUCAACUCAGAUGAUCUACGUGAUUAUUUUUCAAAAUUUGGCGAGGUGACAGAUGUUUUCAUUCCACGUCCAUUUCGGGCGUUUAGCUUUGUCACAUUUCUCGAUCCAGACGUAGCCCAAUCUCUCUGUGGAGAGGAUCAUAUAAUUAAAGGAGUGUCGGUUCACGUUUCGAAUGCUGCACCCAAAGCUGAACAGAGUCGAAGCCAUCAAGGACAAAAUUACAGCUACAACUCGGGGAAUAAUUUCGGGAUGCAUUCGUAUCAUCCGCAAGGGGGGAACCACAUGAGCUCGGGCCGAAGCGGACAUCACAGAGGUAAUAACCAACACAAUGCACACGGAGGUGAUAACACUGCAAUCGGCAAUAGUCACAGCAACAUGGGCAGUGGUGGCUACGGAAUGGGUGGCAAUAAUUUUGGCGGAAAUAUGGGUGGGGGUUACACAAAUAGCAGUAAUCACAAUAGUGGCGGGAACAUGAACCGUCAAGACGGUGGUGGUAUCCCCUAUAAUAGGCAAAAUAAUUUUCACGGCAUGAACCAGCCGCACAAUGGCAACGUAGGCAGUGGCGGUUGGAUGAACAGGGGACAUUUGGAUAUGCCGAACCUACAGGCUUUAGGCAUUAAUUCGCAAGGAUCCAACUCUUCAAAUCAAGGGCAAAACAUGAACAACCCUUUAGGCGUCGGACUUAAUUUAAACUCAUUGCCGAUGAACCCUGCUUUGGUUGCUGCUGCGUUGAAUCAGUGGAGCCUUCUUGGCAAUCAGCUGCAAAAUCAAAACCAGGACCAGCAGGGAGGCAAUUUUUUAUCAUGGAUGGCUCAAAACGGCGGGCAUUCCAAUGCUUGCAACAUUAACAACUCUGGCAGAAACAAAGGAUCAAACAACUCUGGCUCCGGCGGCAUGAACAAAGGCGAUAACUCUUCUAAUGAUCAACAGAACGGCUGCCCUCCUGGAAACUCAUGGUCAAAUCAAAGCAGUGGCUCCCAAAAUUCUGUGGACAAAUCAAAUUUUCUUUAAACUUUUCAAUUGAAAACACUACUUUACCAAUUUGGUACUAAAGAAUGAAUCUUAUUGAUUCAACUGAAAUAUUUGUAGCUAUUCCUACCUUCUUAUGUGUAUAUAUAAAUACAAAUAUGUCAAAAUAUA